AGCUGGUUGGUCGGCUUGACAACAGUGCUGUUUCAGCAACAGGAGCAAAGUUGGCAUUCAAAUCUAAUGAAGAAAUAGCAGUUCAAGUGAAGUCAAUACCACUAGAUGAAGUAAUCCCCGAGUCCGAACGGGUUCUCUUAAUAAAAAUCGACGUUCAGGGUUGGGAAUAUCAUGUGCUUAAAGGGGCAAAGAAGAUCUUGUCUAGAAAGGGAACUGAAGCCCCAUAUCUCAUCUAUGAGGAAGAUGAACGACUGCUAAAAGCCAGUAAUAGUAGUUCAAAGGAGAUCAGAGAAUUCCUUCAUUCUGUAGGUUAUGAUCAUUGCACUCAACAUGGCACAGAUGCACACUGCACAAAAACUGGUUGAAAUUCUUUUGCAAAGCCUGCGUAGCGAACAAUGAACCCGAGGGAUCUCGACGAUCAAACACGGUAUGAGGACGGUCUUGCAAAAGUGCCAUUUUUCAUCUCAACUGCUCAGAUGAAGCAUGUAAGCUCUUAUAGUAUAUGAAGCUGCCCUUGAGACUUGCAGUUUGAAGUGAUGGUCGGAUUGGAUGAAUCGAAUCGUAUCGUAUCGGUUCUUCAUUUGCUGUUCACGCUGGAUGUUCUCGGUUCAUGACAUUUUGAUUGUAGCAUUCUUCGGUUUGUUGCUAGUAGAUAUUGUAGACAAUAACGUUCAUUUUUGUCACUAGAUUCGGAACUUAUCUUAAAACAUUCGAUAUUGGAAACAACGAGAAUUCUUAUGAUAUGA